AUGGCGACUAGCUACAACAUCCUCGUCCUUCCGGGCGAUGGGAUCGGUCCCGAGGUCAUGACCGAAGCGGUCAAGGUGCUAAAGGUCUUUGAGAACGAGCACAGAAAGUUCAACCUCCGGCAAGAGCUCAUCGGCGGCUGCAGCAUCGACGCGCACGGGAAAUCCGUCACAGAAGAAGUCAAAAAGGCCGCUCUGGAGUCCGACGCCGUGCUCUUCGCAGCAGUCGGGGGUCCAAAAUGGGACCAUAUCCGUCGUGGUCUCGAUGGGCCGGAGGGAGGCCUGCUGCAGCUCCGCAAGGCUAUGGACAUCUACGCGAAUCUCAGACCGUGCUCGGCCAGUUCGCCGAGUGCGUCGAUCGCGAAGGAGUUUAGCCCGUUCCGCCAGGAAGUUAUCGAGGGUGUAGAUUUCGUCGUUGUGAGAGAGAACUGCGGAGGAGCGUAUUUCGGGAAGAAGAUCGAAGAAGAAGAUUACGCGCAUCACCCGUCUCUCAGCGGAAAUUGCCCUCCGCCACAACCCCCUUGGCCCGUCAUCUCGCUGGACAAAGCCAAUGUGCUCGCCUCGUCGCGGCUGUGGCGGCGUGUCGUGGAAAAGACGAUGACUACCGAGUAUCCCCAGGUGAAGCUCGUGCAUCAGCUGGCGGACUCGGCGUCGCUGAUUCUAGCUACCAACCCACGCGCCUUGAACGGCGUCAUCCUGGCCGACAAUACAUUCGGCGACAUGAUUUCCGACCAGGCCGGUUCCAUCGUCGGGACAUUGGGCGUGCUUCCCAGCGCUAGUCUCGAUGGGCUACCCAGUGAGACGAGAAAGAGGACGAAUGGCCUGUACGAGCCGACACAUGGAUCCGCACCGACAAUCGCGGGUCAGAACAUCGCCAACCCCGUCGCCAUGAUACUUUGCGUGGCACUCAUGUUCCGCUAUUCGUUAGACAUGGAGCUCGAGGCGCAGCAGAUCGAAAAAGCAGUGCAGGGUGUUCUGGAUGCUGGGAUCCGCACCCCUGAUCUGGGAGGAAAAUCGGGGACGAAUGAACUUGGCGAUGCAAUUGUUGCUGCGCUGCACAGUAGUUUAGUUCAUAAGCCUUGA